UCCCACUCCACUGGGCCGCGAGGAAGUCGCAAGAUGGCUGAUGUCGCUUGGAAGUAAUGUUCCCCUCUGCAACAUGAAGCCGUGAGUGUGGAAGAAAGCGAGGGAGGCACCAUCGGGCUUUUAUUUUUAUUUUCUUUUAGUUACUUUUCUUUUAUUUCGUCAAACAUCCAUCUCAUUCCGCGUCGUGUCCGCCCCGGACUUGUCUUCGGGAGUUGACGCGUCAAAUCACGCCGGGGACCCUGCCAGCAGCUAACGGCUAGCCACACCGUUAGCAAAUAUCAGUACAGCUAGUCAGCCAGCCAGGCAGGCAGGCAGGCACACAGCUUGUUAGUUUGUUUUUAACCCAUACUCUGACACCGGCGAGCCACGAACCUGCGCUACACAUGUGCUGGGAUUUUGCCUGAGGUAGUGCAGAAUAAAUGUCCAAAUAUUUAAUCUCUAACGAUUUUACAAGCUGCUCGGUCUAACAUCAUGUCCGCGAACUGGCCAUCCAGCCCGUGGGUUGCUAACUAAUGCGCAGUAUUGACUCUGUUUCAUGUGCACAAACCAGCAGGAUCACUAUUUUGUAGGCUUUUCUCAGUUAUAUCCACCACCCAGCUGCAUUUCCGUUGCUUGCUGCCAACCACAUUUUGGAAGCUGGUUAUGUUAAAGCCAAAUUAUGGGAGCAGGAAAUAUGUUGAACUUUUUCUGGUUGUAGGUAGCUACACUGGCCUCGCUGGCAUCUCACCAAAAAUCCACAGGGAUGGACACUAAACUGAGCACCCACGACCAAAACUGAAAAAAUUGGCAUUGCGAUAUCUCGGAUUAAGUAGCGUUGGCUGACAGGCGUUUGCAACAGUGCACCGUGGCUCUUUUCACUCGUCUGGGUAACAGAUAAGUUGUUUGGAAGGGUUACCUAAACUACAGUUAGUCACUACAUCGGAGACCAGUUAGCUUGCCUGAAGUGCACAGCUAGCUACAGUCUCGCCCCACAUCACAUUACAAACACGGCGUACAGAACGUAUUCAGAGCCCGCUCCCGGCCAGACACACAGGCUCAACAACACCGUCAUGGGAGUGCAGGGUUUUCAAGAGUAUUUAGAGAAGCGGUGUCCAGGGGCCGCAGUCCCGGUGGACCUCCUGAAGCUUGCCCGUACCGCGGCCCGCCAGCCCCCUCACCACCACCAUCCACACCACCACCCACAUCACCCCGGGCCCAUGCCUCCCCCGCCCCCGCCUGCCAGGAUCCUAAUCGACGCUGACUCCGGCCUGCAGCGCCUCUACGGCGGUUACCAGACGGACUGGGUGUGCGGGGGCGAGUGGAACGCCAUGCUGGGCUACCUGGCUGCCCUGUCACAGGCCUGCCUGUACCAGGGUGGCCUGGAGCUGGUCGUGGUUUUCAACGGCACAUUGGGGAAGGAGCGCUGGCCCGAGUGGGCGCGGCGAGCACAGGGCCAGCGACAGACGGCGCAGCUGAUAGUCAACCACGUCGGCAGCAAGGCCACCCCGCCUCCCCGGGCAUGGUUCCUGCCCCCGGCUUGCCUCAGCCACUGCGUACGCCUCGCCAUGUUCCGCUUCCGAGUGCGGGUUGUACAGACGUUGGAGGACCACCACCAGGAAGUGCUGUCUCUCUACAGAGACUAUGGAUUUGCUGGCCUCAUCGCUCAGGAUUCUGAGUUUGCCCUCUGCAACGUACCCGCCUACUUCUCCUCACACGCGCUCAAACUGAGUUGGAACGGCAAGAACCUGACAACACACCAGUAUUUGCUGUCUGAGGCCGCCAGGCAACUCGGGCUUAAGACACAGCACCUGCCCUGCUUCGCUGCUCUGCUGGGAAAUCAUAUUCUGCCUGAUGAGGACCUGGCUGCCUUCCACUGGAGUCUGCUGGGACCAGAACACCCACUAGCUUCUCUCAAGGUGCGAGCUCAUCAGUUGGUGCUGCCGCCUUGUGAGGUGGUGAUCAAGGCCGUCUCAGAGUACGUCUCCUCCAUCAAAGACCUGGGAAACCUCGACGCCAUUGCCAGAGAUGUCUUCAAACAGUCACAGUCUCGUAUGGAGGACAAGGUGGAGCGAUUCAAGAAAGCUGUGGAGUAUUUCUCAGCUGCCUCCAAACCACGCUCGCCCAACAUGGGGCCCUCCUCUUUCAUCUUACCUGGGUUCGGACCCACUCCAUUUGGGGGACCACCUGGCCACAUGGGACCGAUGCAGCCUGGAAAGAAUCAGUUCCCUCCUCCCCAGGUUCCAGGGUUAAAGCCACCCUAUCAAAAUGCUCCAUAUGGACCUGGCUCCACCCCUCUGUUCCAGAACCCGCCACCGCCGUCCCAAGACUGCAACGAUUCACUGACGGGCAAGAUGGGCUUCUCUGACUGGUCAGCUCCAUAUGAUUCCACUCAGGGGGGAAGUCGAUUACCCAAUCAUCACACCAGCAGUCAGUCUGGUCCCUCUCCAUCGCCUUCCUCGUCAUCAGAUGGAGACGAACCCAACGACAGCAACGCAAACCAUUUGACGGACAAACCCUCACGGUGGGAGGAUUCCGCUGGAAGGGGGGGCUCGGCCUCUGGAGAUGGUUCCCAAGGCAACGGGAGCGGGUCAAACAUUCCGUCACUGCUGUCUAUGGCGACGCGGAGUCACAUGGACAUAACCACACCCCCUUUGCCUCAGGUCAGUGCUGAGGUUCUUCGUGUAGCCGAACACAGACACAGAAGAGGACUGAUGUACCCACAGAUUUACCACAUAUUGACCAAGGGAGAGAUGAAGAUGCCAGUGUGUAUAGAGGAUGAGUGUAACUCCGAGCUGCCUCCUGCCUCUCUGCUGUUCCGUGCAGCCAGACAGUAUGCCUACGGCGUCCUCUUCAGUCUGGCUGAAACACACCGCCGCCUGGAGAGGCUCGCCCUCCGAAAGAGGGCUCCCCUGGAAGUUCCUCCAGUGAUCGUCAAAGAGUGGAGCAGUGGCAAGGCCAAGUCUGCCCUGACUCCAGAGCUGGUUCCAGCCCUGUGUUUCCGGGAGUGGACCUGCCCCAACCUGCGGCGGCUCUGGUUGGGUCGAGCCAGCGAGGACCGCUCCAGGAGAACCAGGGCCUUCCUGGCCUGCCUUCGCUCUGACUGCCCAGCCCUCCUCAACCCAGCACAGGUUCCACAGCAUCUGCUGCUCAUGUGCUGCGUGCUCAGGUAUAUGAUGCAGUGGCCUGGAGGAAGGAUCCUCCAGAGACAUGAGCUAGAUGCCUUCCUGGCCCAAGCUGUGUCCAGCCAGCUCUAUGAACCCGACCAGCUACAGGAGCUCAAGGUGGAGAAGGUGGACGCCCGUGGCGUGCAGCUGGCUGCUCUCUUUAUGGCCGGCGUUGACACAGCGCUCUUCAUCAAUGAUGUGUGCGGCCAACCAUUGCCUUGGGAACACUGUUGUCCCUGGGGCUUCUUUGACGGAAAACUGUUCCAGAGCAAACUGGCCCGGGCCGCCCGCGACCGGGCCGCCCUGCUGGACAUGUGCGAGGGGCAGGAAGAGCUGGUGUCCAAGGUCGAGAAGAUGCGUCAGGCGAUCCUCGAGGGCAUCAACCUGUCCCGCCCUCCUCCUCCUCCCCCUCCUCUUCCACCUCCUGCCUUCCUGCCCCCUGCCAUGGUGCCCCCUUUCUACCCCAUGCCUCCUCUCUACCCGCCCCGCCCCAUGGGCGGCAUGCCCCCUCAUCAUCACCCGCAUCAUCCGCAUCAUCCCGCCCAGCACAGACCCAGAGCCUUCCCAGGUAUUCAGUCCAUCCCCCCUCAGGGAGGGAAACUGGAGAUAGCUGGCAUGGUGGUUGGCCAGUGGGCUGGGAACAAACCAGUCCGCGGGAGAGGGGGGUUCAACAUGCAGGUGGUGUCAGUGGGAGCAGGGAAAGGGAGGGGUAAAGAGAUUCCAGCAAAAGCAAGAGGAGGCAAAAAGGCAGCUGCCAGCAGAACACAGACAUCAUCAUCCCCCCCAGCCAGCAGUCCCCCAAAGCCCUCAGAGGAGGUGGGCUCCACGCCAGAGGUUGCGACUCAGCAGCUGAACGGCAGCUCAGCAGCCUCCGCCAUCGGCCAGUCCUUGGAGCUGGCCCCCCUGGCCCAGCCAAUCCCGUGUGCCUUAGCCAGCAGAGACAACCAAUCAGAGGGGGUGGAAGUGGAGGCCCCCUGUUGCCUUGACGACUGCCCGUCAGACGGAGCGCUACAGAAGGAGGAGUGAUGGCAUCUUUCCCGGGAUGCACUGCUCUGAGAGAGUUAUCUGUGUUCGACUGCCUUUCCCUGUUUUUGUAGCCCUGCCUGCUAGCUGUGCACAUUAUCACAUGGAGCAGGAGGUGAAGCGAGGCGCCUCCUCAUCCUCCCCGCUGCUCCAUGUGAUAGGCUAAAGCAGUUAGCUGUUACUCCCUUUUUAGUUUUCUCAUGUGAUUUUACAUUGUUUUAUGAAGAGAGGUUUUCUCCAUGAGUCUGUAAGCGCCCCACCCCUCAAAAAUCCUAAAUGCCUCCCUCCCGCACUCAGAGUAAAAUAAGCUUGAAGCCCCGCCCCCAUUACGACCCGACAUUUUAAACGAGCCCCCUCUUAAGUAUGGGUAUCUGUACAGUUUAAGUUUCUUACUUUGUGUUUUUUAAUGGUCCCGUUGUUUGAAUCUCUGCACACAGAUGUUAAGCUUGUGGUUACGGUGACAGAUUGGAUGUGGUAUCCAUGGUUACAGCAUCUGGGCCUGGUCGCCAUGGUCGGUAGUUGUGUGUUUAUGCGGUUUGUUGCCAUAGCCAUCUCGUGUGAGGUUCGUCCUACAUGAGCUCAGAGAGACGUUGGGAGUGUUGUACCAUUCUUCUGUGCAGUGACCCUCGUGCCCCCGUACUCAGCUCUCGCACUGCUAAACACACAGUGUUAGCGUACUUGCUAGCAACGAACCCCCUUUAUAGAUUGAUUGACUAUCUAUCACUGGAGCACUUCUGCACCACCAUGGUAUUAGCGUGCUAUUUUACUUUGACCUAUGUAGCAUAGCCUAGUGCUUAGCCGUGCUAAGAGACCCCAUGAAUUUAUGCACCUUAAGCCCUAAAGUAUGCAAGAUUUUACCCCGCUCCUCCAAAAGAAAAAAAAGUGCAUUAUUAUAUUAUCUUCCCAUCCCCAUUGUCCCUUUCUCCCAAAGCUUUGAUUGUAUUAUCCCAACAGAAGCACUUAAUGUUGUAUUUAACUAUAAUGAAAUUGAACAAGCCCCUGUACAGUUGAAUUGACAGUCUGUGAGGGGUGUCCCCUGCGCCUAAGUAAAUCAUUAUGACAUGUAGAACUACAUUUAAAGGUAGAGAUCUAUUUGAGAGACGUCAGAAUGUGAACAGAGUGGUUUCAGGCAAAGAAGCACUUUGUUUUAAAAAAAAAAAAUGUUAAACCACACUGGACAGUCCUCUACCAGGUGAUUAAAAAAAAAAAAAAGGAAAAACUCUGAGGCACCUUCUGGAGUUAAGGCCAAAAAGAAAAGAUAAAUGCUACCCAGCGAAAGAUGGGGAUGAAUGGUGAGGGUCUGGGCGACUGCUGCCAGGCAGAGUUCCCUUCAGACUGGCCUCACGCAUUCAAUCAAGAACUUUGCAAUGAAGCUGAAAGGACUCCUGGCGGAUUCCUGGGAAUCAUUUCAGAUUUCUAAAAAGUUAUUUCCAAAGUGUAUUUUAAUAAGGCUGGCCGACUGAGAGCAGCCGCUGAUAUAAAUAGGGGUGUGGCAGCAAAGCCUCAAAGAUCCCUCCGCCCACGGGCGGUGAUUGAGCAACUGUUGUCAUGACAAUAGCCCAACACCAAGAGCUGUUGCCCCGCAGAGCUCUGGUGUGUCACUUUAGACCAGCAGGAAGCACUUCCCUGCCCUGAAGCGUCUCAGCUCGCAGCAGAGGCUUCAUGGGUCGGAUCACACGUCACAUGACAGGGGAGAGGGAGUCCUCAUGGCGGACCCGAGUGCGCCGCUCACAAUACGAGACUUAUAAGAUACUGAAUUGUUUUAUUAGAGCACUUAUGUUUGUAGAGAAUGAGAUGUGUCCCCCACAGUAGGUUUCAUCUGACAAUGGAAAUACAAUAAUGUACUUCUGACCUAUUACUGGUAGCACAACUGCAAAUGUAAAAGCAGCAGACCGACAAAUAUUGCCUGAGAGAUGCUGGCCAUGAACAUUGUAAUCUCUAAACAUACCAAGAGGUUGAGAUGAGCUCAUAAAAAAAAAAAAAAAAAAAAAAAAAAA